AUGGGCCGGGGGUCGCUGGCCGCCCGCGGGCUCCGGCUGCUGCUGCCGCUCUUGCCGCUGCCGCAGGUGGCGCUGGGCUUCGCGGACGGCAGCUGCGACCCCUCGGACCAGUGCCUGCCGCAGGCCCGCUGGAGCAGCCUGUGGCACGUGGGGCUCAUCCUGCUGGCGGUCCUCCUGUUGCUGCUGUGCGGGGUCACAGCCGGCUGUGUGCGGUUCUGCUGCCUCCGGAAGCAGGCGCAGGCCCAGCCACAUCUGCCACCAGCACGGCAGCCCUGCGACCUGGCGGUCAUCCCUAUGGACGGUGACAGCCCUGUACACAGCACUGUGACCUCCUACAGCUCCAUGCAGUACCCACUGGGCACGCGGUUACCGGUACCCUUUGGGGAGCUGGACCCGGACUCCAUGGCUCCUCCUGCCUACAGUCUGUAUGCCCCGGAGCCUCCACCCUCCUACGAUGAAGCUGUCAAGAUGGCCAAGCCCAGAGAGGAAGGGCUAGCACUCUCCCAGAAACCCAGUCCUCUCCUUGGGGCCUCAGGCCUAGAGACCACUCCAAUGCCCCAGGAGUUGGGCCCCAAUACCCAACUACCACCUUGUAGCCCUGGUGCCCCUUGAAGGAGGUAGGAGAAUGGACCAGAGCUUGAAGAACUAGCGCUUGGAGCCAAGGGCCCCCAGCCCACGCCACCAUCCCACACAUUGCUGUGGCCCCAGCCUUGGUGUCAUGUUACACCAGCCCCAUGGCGUCACCCCUAGGCAGGCUGCUGCUCUCAGCCUCAGCCCCUGGCCCAGCCCCAGCAGGCCCUCAGCCUGGAAGAGGCCCCUUGGGCCUCAGCCUCAGGUGGGAGCUCAGGGCCAGCUGUGACGUCUGCAUCUUACUGGAGAGAGAAUAAAGUUUGUAUUUAAGUGA